ACAGAAUAUGAAUUUCCAGUGGAUAACGUAUGGGAAUUUCCACGAGACAGAUUACAUCUCAAAGAGAUUUUGGGUGAAGGAGCGUUUGGUAUAGUGGCGAGAGCAGAAGCUCUUGAUAUCAAUGGAUGUCCAGGCAAAUCUACCGUUGCUGUCAAAAUGAUUAAAAGUGGUGCCAGCGACGCAGAUUUGUUGAAUCUCGUCCAGGAAAUGACGUUGAUGAAAAUGAUGGGAAAACAUGAAAAUGUACUCAGUCUACUCGGAUGUUGUACUCAAAAUGGACCCUUGUAUGUGAUAGUAGAAUUUGCGUUGCACGGAAAUUUACGAGAUUUCUUAAGAAAACAUCGACCAAAGUUUAUUUGCUAUGACGAGGUAAAUGGAAAAAAGUUUUCAGAUACGCAUCUAAGCUUCAGCGAUCUCCUUUUAUACUCUCUACAAGUCUGCGAAGGAGCUAAUUAUUUGGCUUCAAAACAGUGCAUUCACAGAGACUUGGCUGCUAGAAAUGUAUUAGUGUGUCACAAUAACAUUUUAAAAGUUGCUGAUUUUGGUUUAACAAGGAAUAUGAAUAGCAGUGAUUAUUACAAGAAAACAACGGAUGGUAGGCUGCCGGUGAAGUGGAUGGCUCCAGAAGCAUUGUUUGAUCGGAAAUAUACCACCAAAAGUGAUGUUUGGUCAUUUGGCAUACUGCUGUGGGAAAUAUUCACUUUGGGUGGUAACCCUUACCCUUCAGUGCCUAUUGAAAAUUUAUUCAGUUUGCUUAAAGGUGGCUACAGGAUGGAGAAACCUCCUUAUGCUUCAGAUGAAUUGUACCAGAUAAUGUUAGAAUGUUGGACUAAUGAACCCGCCUUGAGACCUAAUUUCAGCUCUUUACUGCAAUCUAUUCAAACUUUGAUGUGCGGUUCAAACUUAGAAGUUAGUGUCAAACAUUUCGUUCAACCUUCUUUAAAAUGCUUUUGUCCAAUUCGCUUUUAA